CCCCCAUUAUGGCAGGGGCGGAAGCAGACUCCCCAUUUUCUGUAUCACACACACUCUAGCUGUCCAGGUUUCCACACCCACCACGGAUUGGUUCUUGUCAUUCACCUCUCCAGGGCUUUGCCAAGCCUCCGCCCAGGUUGCGCCCGUCCACAGUUUAGUUUUGACUCCGGGCGCCGCCUGGCGGCCGUUUCCGGAAGUGUCCUUCCAGCUUCGGGGUCUUGUCCGCAGCCAGCGCUGCCCAAGGAUAUGCCUGACUCCAGCGACAGCUGCCUUCGCCCCCUCCCCGUGGCCGUUCGAUCGAGCAUUCUUAAGAAAGCGAUGAAGGCGCUGCUGUGUGAGAGAACGUGGAGCCCUGCGUCUCACCCAUCGCCUCGAGGAUGGCGGCAUCAGGCUGUCACCGGGCAGCCUCCGACCCGGAAGUGGCUGGCCGCUCUAGGUCCCCGUUGCCCAGCGCGGGCGCCAGGGGCGGAGCUCGUCGCCGAGGGAGACCGGGUGGCGGCGACUCCGGCUCCGCGAGGUGGGGGCCGUCCGGAGCGCAGCCAGGCGGCCGCGAUCUCCGCGGGACACGUUCCGCUGCGGCCCGAGGCGGCGACAUGAGUGCCGCGGGGCUGCUGGCUCCCGCGCCCGCCCCGGCUGCAGCGCCGCCCGCCCCGGAGUACUACCCCGAGGACGACGAGGAGCUGGAGAGCGCCGAGGACGACGAGCGCAGUUGCCGGGGCCGCGAGUCCGACGAAGACACCGAGGACGCUAGUGAGACAGACCUGGCAAAGCACGAUGAGGAAGACUACGUGGAGAUGAAGGAACAGAUGUAUCAGGACAAACUGGCGUCUUUGAAGAGGCAGCUGCAGCAGCUACAGGAAGGUACAUUACAGGAAUAUCAGAAGAGGAUGAAGAAGCUGGAUCAGCAGUAUAGAGAGAGGAUCCGGAACGCAGAGCUCUUCCUCCAGCUGGAAACCGAACAGGUGGAAAGGAAUUAUAUCAAAGAGAAGAAGGCGGCUGUGAAGGAGUUUGAAGACAAGAAGGUGGAGCUGAAGGAGAACCUGAUUGCCGAGCUCGAGGAGAAGAAGAAGAUGAUUGAGAAUGAGAAGCUCACGAUGGAGCUGACAGGAGAUUCUAUGGAGGUGAAACCCAUCAUGACCAGAAAGCUGCGGAGGAGACCAAAUGAUCCUGUCCCCAUUCCAGACAAGAGGAGAAAACCGGCUCCUGCUCAGCUAAACUAUCUGUUAACGGACGAGCAGAUCAUGGAGGAUCUGAGGACAUUGAACAAGCUUAAGUCACCCAAGAGACCAGGUGAGUGCUUGAUGACAUCGCCGGUCUUUGUGUCCUGUCGCUGGAAGAGUGGAUGUGGGAUUCUCAGGAGAAAAUUGCUCAUUGUUUGCCUGCGAGAAAUCAUGAAAAGCAACAGGAAUCAUAAACAUGCCUCUCCCAUGUUCUUUUUUUUGGGGCUAAGGUACCACAAGAGCCAAGCCAUCUACCUAGAGUCAAAGGACAACCAGAAACUGAGCUGUGUGAUCAGUUCAGUGGGAGCCAAUGAGAUCUGGGUGAGGAAGACCAGUGACAGCACCAAGAUGAGGAUCUAUCUGGGCCAGCUGCAGCGUGGGCUCUUCGUGAUCCGCCGGCGAAAACUCUUAACUUACCGGGACUAGCUGCUUGGCCUGGAACAUGGAGAGCGCUGUGGGAUCUUCAAGGCACUCACAUGGCCGGCCACUUCCAUCUCUGUACCGUUCUUUCCUGCCUCGGCUUCUUCCAGAUCAGUCACCAGAGACUUACUCUCAGGAGUAUGGGGCUUUCACCCACUUUCUUUUUAUUUUAUUUUUUGGUUUAUACUUGAUUCUUUUUUUUUUAACCCUCUUUUGAGUUUGAAGGGGAGCUUUUUUUAAUAAGUAUCUUGAGGUCUUUCUCCCAUGAAGAGCAGCGAAUGUGUUUUCCUGUUUAAUCUGAUUGGUGGAUUGUGUGCCUGCUUCCCUUGUUAGGCCCGGAGGUGUGGGAUAGGAGAGUUCUCUCUGCUCUGCCGUCUCCGAGAAAUAAAUGAGUGUAGCAUCUCAUUUGCCUUGUGCUUCUCACUGGCCGAGUGGCUGGAGCUUCCGUCUUCACACUGGAGACUGCAGCCAGUGGGCGGGGCUAGGAGAGGGGCCAUUGCAUGUUCCUAGCACGCUGGAGUCUGGAUGUUCUUGAAUGCACAUGAUUUAUUUAGACACGCCUGUCCUUGCUCAGGGUGGAAGAAGUGGUCAUUUCAGAAAUUUCCAUUUGUAAUUCCUCUCUCCCAGUGGCUAGAAGAUCAUGUGCUCUGCUGUGGUCUGGGUCUUCUCUGCUAGUUGGGGUGACAAGGUGGGUAUUGCAGUACCCAGUCUGUUUUUGCUGGAUCUGCCACAGAACCCCAACCUCUCCUGAGAUUUUACCCAUGUUGGUAACAAGGAGAGCUCUGUCAUGCUGCAGCCACCAAAUCUGUGUGCUUUUUCUUGAGCACUCCCAAUGAAGGCUCCCGUCAUGGCCUCUUUUCCUCCCUGGCCUCCCUGGCCCUUCCGUUGGAGAAAUGACCAGCAGGGCAGUGGGUUCUUUGUGCUCUAACUGCCACCGUUCCCAUGUAAAGAAGUGGGUUCGAGCAACUGUUCCCAUCUCUGUGGACUCCAGUCGGCUGUCCACAUUUCAGAAUCCCUCCCUCCCCCAACCCCGGAGAUGGGGUUUCUCUGUGUAGCCUUGACUGUCCUGGGAACAACUCUGUAGACCAGGCUGGCCUCAAAUCUGCCUGCCUCUGCCUCUUGAAUUCUGGGAUUAAAGGCAUGCGCCACCACUGCCUGGCUUUUAGAAAUUUUUACAAAUAAUCUGUUUUGUUCUUAGCCCCUUGGAUUCCAUUCAUGUUGCCUCUUGAUGUGGACGGCCACAGUGGUGGCUCUGACUCGGAGGAAAGACUGUACACACAGACGUAUCGUUUUCAUUUAUAUCCAUUGUCUCUCAUUGGAAUUUUUAAGAAACCAUGAUAAAUGAUGAUGUUGUUUAUUAAUUAAAAGUUGGCACGUGGUCUUUU